CGAGAAGAUGCUGCGCCCCGUGUGCUGGUGGCUGAGCUUCGGCCUGGGGAGCUUCCUGGCGGGGCGGGCGGAGGCCCCGAGCCCCGCAGAGCCACCGGAGCGGAGCCGGCCCUACGCGGUGCUGCGCGGGCAGAACCUGGUGUUGAUGGGAACCAUUUUUAGCAUCCUGCUGGUGACUGUGAUCCUUAUGGCAUUUUGUGUCUACAAGCCCAUUCGGCGUCGGUGACAGCCAAGCAAACAAGUUCUUCCACAAGUACUGGAGAAAAGAUCAAUUGUGUUGCACGUGGGUCAUUGGAGAAGUUGGACUCAGAACUCUGCCACUUGGAAGUCCGACCACUUCAGUCUGGACAGUUGGUAAAUGUGAAAUGAUUUAGAAAAAACAUUAGGUAGUUUUUUUUUUUUCCUAACACUGUAAUGUAAGUAACUGGGUCUGCCUCUUAGUGUUUCUUUGUAUAUCUGGCUACAUUCAACACUUGUUACACCUUAAGACCUGAAGCUCCCACUUUCAGUGUAAAGAUGGGAAAGCAGUUAACUAACUAUGUGAGUGGUGUGAAAACUACACAGGAAAGGACUAAUCCUGAAUGUUGGAAAAUAUUCAUAAGAGGAAGACUUAACAUGUAGACAUUCUAUACUGGAGACCCAUUUGGUCACAGUGGGGUUAAGAAUCACAUAUGUUUUUAGUUACAUUGAGUUGGCUUGGAAUGCCCUCCUUGCAAAGCUGUGUCAGCUGUGGGGAACUUGGGCCACCACUCCUCAUGCUGCAUGUGGCUCUGUACUCCAGUGCCCCCAGUGAAGUCAGGGUCACAUCAGGUAGGCCUAUGACCAUGAGCACCCUGGGGUUGGAAGGCUCUGAGUUGGACUAGAAAUGUGACUGAGAAAGAACUCCAUCCUGCUGAAACACGUUGAUCUUCCUGGGGCUGCACUCAAGCCUUUCCAGCCCCUGGCCUAAAACAUGUGGCAGCUUUUCAGAUUUAGAAUCUAAAAGAAAUUCAGCAGGAACUCUUUAGCCCUGGGUGAGGAGGUCCUCAGAAGUAUAUGUUCUGGUAGGAGACCGAGUGGCAGGUGGGUGUGUGUUUACACAGAUUUCAUCUCAACCUUGAAAAUGCUGCUGUUUUGCAAUGUUGAACUGGAUUUUUUCUUUCCUAUUGAAAUGAUACUUUUGUACUUACAAAGUGGUUGUUAUCAGUAUUUAUUUUAAAGAUGCUAGGUUUAAUUUGUUAUUAAAUUGAAAUGCUUAUCUUGUAUUCCGUUCAGUAACUGCACUGACUUUUUUUUUAACACCCUGCACUGAAUGUGAAACAAAUUAACGUGGGAUACUGUAACUGUUGAACUUAUGGAUUUUGUGUGUAACCCUAACAUUGAGCCAUUGAAGUGUUCACUGUUUUGUGCUUUGCGCCAAGUGUCAAUUAAAAUUAAAGUAAAAU